CACUAAAAAGGAGGUACUGCGAAAGCUCGUUCUCUGUUGUCAGAGCUUAAAAAGCGGGGAUUGAGCUGCGGGGGUCUCUCUUUCUCUCGGAAGGACACCCCCCACCCCUUUCAGUAGACUUGCAUCAGAGGGAAGCGAGAAGGCCGGCCUGCCGUGUGCAUUGGAAAUUACAGCUAUCAAAAAGACAUCACCAAAUGUUAUUCUACAGGGGUCUUUUGCUUAAAAGGUGGUUAGAUGAUCCAUCAAUUAAUAAAUGCAUCAACCUGGAAUAUAGAACUGAAUAUAUUACACAUUUUUUUGCUACCCAGAAUUUCUGGCACCGGAAUUAGCAAGAUUUCAAAAAAUGGCAUAAGCUAUUAAAAUGUCCUGGGAUGCUGGUUGUAUUUUUGUUUGCAAGUUAAACAUGAACAUAUCCAGCAUUAUACCAUAUAAUCUCCCUGAGUAUUUUGCUUCCCUGUGAAAAUAGCCUACCUCUAACUCCCUGAAAUCUGAAAUGGAUGUUCCUUCACUCCUCCAGCUUUUCUUGAAAUGCUGAAAAGGGUGCUCCAGAUGGAAAAGGUCACAUGAAUCAAUAGUUAUGUGUCCUUGUGCCUAUUGACUCACUUUUUCUGUUUAAACAGAAUUGUUGCCGUCACAUCUAGUUCUUUCCAAAUAUAUCAGUCCUGCCCUGCCAGAGAGGGCUGCUGUGCCAGAAAGAUGAAUGUGGGCACAGCGCACAGUGAAGUGAACCCAAAUACCCGAGUCAUGAACAGCCGUGGCAUCUGGCUCUCCUACAUCUUGGGAAUUGGCCUCCUGCAUGUGAUUUUGCUCAGCAUUCCUUUCUUAAGUGUUCCUGUUGUCUGGACCCUGACCAACCUCAUUCACAACAUGUGUAUGUACAUUUUCUUACACACUGUGAAAGGAACGCCGUUUGAGACUCCUGAUCAGGGGAAGGCCCGGCUGCUCACUCACUGGGAACAGAUGGACUAUGGAGUGCAGUUCACUGCGUCUCGCAAGUUCUUGACUAUCACACCAAUUGUACUUUAUUUUUUUACCAGUUUCUACACAAAAUAUGACCGGGUACAUUUCAUCAUCAACACCAUCUCUUUGAUGAGCGUCUUGAUCCCCAAGUUGCCUCAGCUGCAUGGUGUCCGUAUCUUUGGAAUCAACAAGUAUUGAGUUUGGCUGGGGUGGGGGUCUUUUCUCUCCCUUCCUGGUGAGCUGUGAAAUACCAGAGUGAGAACCCCACUUUCUUUGCUCUGGCUGCAUCUUCAGGUUAGGAUUGCAGGACAGCUCUUUUUCUCAAUGGGUACAUUGCACAGGAUUGCAAAAUAUAACCAGCUCUGGGCUUGCAAAGAGACAAGAGGAAGCUGAAACGUAUGAUAAUUAAUCUUGUUAUUGUUUCUUCUCAAGAAUCUGAAAAUAGAUGCGGGCACACACUGCUAUAGAAAAGGCAUUCCUCGUUUGUUCUCUAGUACAGGGUAGGAAAGGAUUCUGGUUCAGAAGGACAAUAAAAAGCCUCAUUCGAGGUGACACUCAUUUAAGAUGAUGGCAAAUGCACUUUAACAUCAAACUGUCCCAUUGGGGGAGUUUGACUUGCUCAUUGAAAGGGCUAUAUCAAUAUCAGAAAUAUUAAGCUAGAGCUAUGAAAAGAAUAGUCAGAUUUCUCUCAAUUGUUUAUAAAUGCCUUUAAUGAAGUAGACGCAGGAUUAGGGUAGAAGAAGAGAGGAAGAAACAGAGGAAAUGCCUUUGAUUUUGCAGUGGGUGCUGCGGUUUGAAUCCCAGCUUCCCCACUGGCACUCCUGGCCAGAGAAUUACGCCUCUUGGAGCACAAAUGGCUUACUGUGAAGUUACAUGAGGGCAGAAGUGAAGAAAACAAGGAAUGUGGCUAAAAAUAAUAAUAAUCAGGGCCUCAUUUCCAAUUAUCUUUCUCCUUGUCAGAAAUCCAACAGUAGUAGAGUAUUAAGAUCUGUUAUUGAUUACUUAUUUAUGACAGUGCUGAAACUCAGAAGCUAGUGUCUUUCAUUACUCAUUGUGAUGUCUAGCAAAGGUGACGGGUUUGUUUUCUUUGUGUACCUACCAUCCACGUGGUGGAACAGAUUUUGCAAAAAUAUAUUCUUAUGUUAAAAUAAAAAUGAUCUAGCAGCAA